CAGCAGCCCAAACCUCACAACGCAGAACCACGAGAUAGCGGGGAUUGCAAAGCCCUGCGCAAAAGAAGGAAAAUUAAGACGCAGCGGAGCCCAGGAGGUGUCCGCACGCAGGAAGGACUGGCCUGCAGACGAGACAGGGAGACGUUUGCACUCAGCGUGGCGCGGGUGAGCGGCGUGCUCUCGGGCACCCGGCUGCCAGUUCGGAUGCUCCCGAUCCUCGGGGAGCGGGGGCGCUGCGCCGGAGUCACUUCAGCCCACGUUGUUCAGGUGACACCGGGGAAGAGCAGACUCCAGCUAUACCUGCUGGAAUGGAUAAAGUGAGCUUUAAAAGCUGGUCAGACUGAAAAGAUUGAAGUGAGAGAACCACAGGAACAAAGGCAAGCAGACAGACAGUGAAAGGACAAAGACAAGACCAGAAAUGCUGGUUUCACUGGAAGAUUAACCUGACAACUGGUGUGGAUUGAAGGAGAAGAGAAAAGGGAUUAGGACAGUGAUUCCUAAUCCCUAUCCUACACUCCCACGGACCCUGUGUUUUGAAUUUUUGAACUAAUCAAACUACAUUUGUGAAGCGGAAACUGAAGCAGAAAGAGGUUACUUAAUGGGCUCAAGGUCACCUACCUGACCUACCAGCAGCUCAAUGGCCUUCCCAAAGAAGAAACUUCAGGGUCUUGUGGCUGCAACCAUCACGCCAAUGACUGAGAAUGGAGAAAUCAACUUUUCAGUAAUUGGUCAGUAUGUGGAUUAUCUUGUGAAAGAACAGGGAGUGAAGAACAUUUUUGUGAAUGGUACAACGGGAGAAGGCCUGUCCCUGAGCAUCUCAGAGCGUCGCCAGGUCGCAGAGGAGUGGGUGACAAAAGGGAAGGACAAGCUGGAUCAGGUGGUAAUUCACGUAGGAGCACUGAGCUUGAAGGAGUCACAGGAACUGGCCCAACAUGCAGCAGAAAUAGGAGCUGAUGGCAUCGCUGUCAUUGCACCAUUCUUCCUCAAGCCAUGGACCAAAGAUAUCCUGAUUAAUUUCCUAAAGGAAGUGGCUGCUGCCGCCCCUGCCCUGCCAUUUUAUUACUAUCACAUUCCUGCCUUGACAGGGGUAAAGAUUCGUGCUGAGGAGUUGUUGGAUGGGAUUCAGGAUAAGAUCCCCACCUUCCGAGGGCUGAAAUUCAGUGAUACAGAUCUCUUAGACUUCGGGCAGUGUGUUGACCAGAAUCGCCAGCAACAGUUUGCUUUCCUUUUUGGGGUGGAUGAGCAACUGCUGAGUGCUCUGGUGAUGGGAGCAACUGGAGCAGUGGGCAGUACCUAUAACUACCUGGGAAAAAAGACAAACCAGAUGUUGGAGGCUUUUGAACGAAAGGACCUCUCUUUAGCCCUGAACUAUCAGUUUUGUAUCCAGAGAUUUAUCAACUUUGUGGUCAAACUAGGUUUUGGAGUGUCACAGACCAAAGCCAUCAUGACUCUGGUCUCUGGGAUUCCAAUGGGCCCACCCCGGCUUCCACUGCAGAAAGCCUCCAGGGAGUUUACUGAUAGUGCUGAAGCUAAACUGAAGAGCCUGGAUUUCCUUUCUUUCGCUGAUUUAAAGGAUGGAAGCUUGGAAGCUAGCAGCUAGUGCCUCUCUAUCAAAUCAGGUUUUGUACCUUGAGACAUAAUCUACCUUAAAUAGUGCAUUCUUUUCUCAGGGAAUUUUAGAUGAACUUGAAUAAACUCUCCUAGCAAAUGAACUCGUGUCACAUCAAUCGACAAGCAUUGAGGUACCUAUUGUGAGCCUUAAAAAGUCUUAUUUUGUGAAGGGGCAAAAACUCUAGGAGUCACAACUCUAAGUCAUUCAUUUCACAGAUUUUUUUGUGGAGAAAUUUCUGUUUAUAUGGAUAAAAUGGAAUCAAGAGGAAAAUUGUAAUUGAUUAAUUCCAUCUGUCUUUAGGAGCUCUCAUCUCAAUUUCUGGUUCCUAAUCCUAUUUUAAAGUUGUCUAAUUUUAAAACACUAUAAUAUGUCUUCAUUUUAAUAAAUAUUCAUUUGGAAUCUAGGAAAACUCUGAGCUACUGCAUUUAGACAGGCACUUUAAUACCAAACUAUAACAUGUCUCAACUAUAUAUGACUCGAAAUACACCAGCUCAUCUGGUUGCUCAGUCUAACUCUAGAAUGGAUGCUUUUGAAUUCAUUUCGAUGUCACCACUUUCCUCUCUUCAGAAACGUUGGGUCAGGUGAGGACUUGUUUCAGUUCCUAUAACUAAGUAAAGGGCAGCUUUCUCAUAACAAAGGAAAAGGUCUUCCCCAAAGAUGAAUUUAAGUCUCCACUUUUUGCUAUACAGAAAACUCAAAGUUUCAAAGAACCAAAGGGCUCUUCCUCUAGGCACCACAAUCUUCCCCUUUCUCCACUGAGAAGACUGUCUCUCCCACAGGACCCUAAAUUACUGAAAUCAAAGGCCGACUUCCUUUCUGCAGUGAGCCUAGAGGCUACUGUUACUAUCCUGUCACACUUGCAACCAGUUACUUUUCUUUAGUGAUAGAAGAUUUGGGGAGGACCCAAAGGACUCACAGCUUUCUCUCCAUACCUCCUUUUACUCUUUUCUUUCUGUGUAACAUAUCAACAACUGUUUAAUCUCCCUUCUAACAAACCUUGAUGUAAGCUUUCUGAUAUCAAAGUAUAUUGACAGUUAACCCUUACUGAUUUUAAACUUGACUAUCCAGUCUGUUAAUUACCUAAGAUUUUGUUUUCAUUUCAUCUCUAAUUGUUUUGGUCAUUGGCAGAGAAAGAGUAUUUGAAAUUCAUAUCAGUUUAGCUCCUUAUUUUAAUCUCUUUGAAUUAAAAAUAACACUUUUUCAAAAUG